UUAGAAGAUAUUGAGAAGGAUCUUGAUCGUAUUAAAAAGCUUCGUCAUUCGAAUUUAGUCACUGUAUAUGAAUCCGAGCUUGAGAGAUGUGAAUCGGUGUGGAAUUUGCAUAUUCUCAUGGAAUAUUCAUGUGGAGGUACAAUGGUUGAUUUAUUAAAAAAAUGUGGUGUUGUUCGCUUACCAUUAGCGAGAGAAUAUAUGAAGCAAUUGUUAGAUGCACUAGAUUAUAUACAUGCUAACAGUUUUGCGCAUAAAGAUAUAAAAGCUUCAAACAUACUGUUUACCGAAAUUCCUGGAAAGGAUGAAUAUAUAGCUAAGCUAGCGGAUAUUAGUUAUCACAGGAAGCUAUUGGAUAUGCAUAAGGAAUUUCCAUUUGUUAAAUAUUCAAGCAAAGAACCGUGCAAAAAAUGGAUUUCACCCGAACACGAAUCAAGACCUAAUGUAUAUUCGAGAAAGAGUGAUAUUUGGUAUCUCGGUGUUAUUUUUGUACAAAUGCUAUUCGGAUUAAAUGCUAUACAAAAAUAUAAUUCGUUAGAUGAUUUGCUAAGUUCAUCUGAGUGUGAUAUUCCACCAGCUGUCCAAGAUGUUCUUAGAACUAUGUUUGAAAA